AUGUCGAGCAACGGGAGCAGCCGGAGGAGUAACGUGGUAUUCAAAAGGAAGGAAAGGUUACCCUGCAACUGUGGAUGGGAGGUGAGAUUCGGUUACGGUGUCGCGGUCACGCUGGCCAUCUUCGAGGCUAAACGAUUCUUCAUGUUGGUCCUGGAGAUAUUCGCCGAAUGGCAGAUCAUUCGGUUCGCGGGCGGCUUAAGACCCGUCAUACUCACCUUGGUGAACGUCAGCAUGGGUCUGCCGACUGCUUUAAUCACCGUUCGCACCAUACGCGCACGGAAGGUGCCGCGGUGCUGCGCGGUGGCCAGACGGGCGCUGAGAUGCUUGCUGAUAGCAAUUGCGAUCUGCGCAAUAAUGAACGCGGCGACGUUAGCCUCUAUCGGGUAUCACAUUAGCGUCAGGCGGGAGACGUUGAUCGGCAUUUUCAACGAUUCGAUGCGGCUGUACGUGUCCGCCGCGUCGUACAAGUACGCGAUCGACGAGAUACAGUUCAUCUUCCAGUGCUGCGGCCACACCUCCUACGCAGAUUGGUUCCGCUUUGACUGGCAGGGCGUGGAUUACGCGUCGCGCGAGGAAAUGGCGGUGCAAAACCGGAUAUCCGACGAAGAGUACCGGGACCGUGGCGUCCCGUUCAGCUGUUGCGACUUGCGCGCGAUGGCGCCGUGCAGGCACACGGAGAUCCAAAAGGACGACGUGGAGACGAUCAACGCGAACGGAUGCGCCGGGGUUGUCAGCCCUGUGCUUCUUAGGAUCGUGAUCGUCGCCUAUGUUAUGACGAGCACGCUCGUGAUCAUUCAGAUCUUCUUGGCCUUUCUGCUUACGAAGGUAAACGUUACACAUUAA